AUUUUCAAUGCGACGGAUGAGGAUAUCUUUGAGUCUGUGAUGGAUGCGAAGAGGUUGCGGGAGAAGGCUGCUGGAGGCAACGACGACGACAAUGACUCAGAUAUUGAUGUGCCUGCGCCAGGCCCGACACGUUGUGAAGCGCUACAGGCUACCUUAACAUUGAGGAAAUACCUUGGGACCUUCGACGAACCAUUUGCACGCAAGCUCGAGGUGAUGUUAGGGUUGUUUGGACAGCAGACUCUUGCAGUCGAAAUGCAGGGCAUGAAGGACACAACGUUGACUGAUUAUUUUUCUCGUAAAUAG